CCCGGAGAUACGCCGAAACUCUCAGACACAGCUCAACACGGCCAAGCGGAAGGUGCAGACCUCGUCACCCUUUGCCAGGCUAUACCCUCACAGAGGCAGAACAACUCACUCGCUCUCAACACCCCUGGCCCUGGCCAACAGGAACGGACGAACGGUGCAAGCAGACAGACUCAAGCAGCUUACACGACUUUCGGGAACAGAGGAGGCAACUGAACGUCCUGGCCACCACUGAACCGCCAUCUGGCCUGUCUGCGUUAGGAGACCGACAGAGCAGCGUUCCACAAAAACUCUGAUCGCGGGAAGGGGACAUCUCAUUUCCAAAGUUCCACUCUUCAGCCUGCUCCACAGUCUGACCCUCAGGAGUCAUAAACCACCCAUCUAAAGGGGAACCCUCCACAGGAACACAGUUAGGAUCCAACUCCGUAACUCCAACUUUAUAAAGGAGGAAAACCCUCAGAGCUGCAAAAGGGAAGCAUUUGCUCUCUAACCCUGAUCACCUGCAGGAUCACCCUCGCUCCACUCUGCAGGCCUGCCCCUCCGAUGGAAGAUCACCUCUCCAAGAUCUCCAGAAUGCCCUCCUCUUCUCCGGACGAUUCCCUGGGAAGCAGCGGCACUGACGACAGCCGAGGGGCUAAGAGCCCAGCGCCGGGGAAAGCCCUGAGCCCCGCGCUGCUGUGCAAAGUGUGCGGGGACACCAGCAGCGGCAAGCACUACGGCAUCUACGCCUGCAACGGCUGCAGCGGCUUCUUCAAGCGCAGCGUGAGGAGGCGGCUCAUCUACAGGUGCCAGGCUGGUACAGGCAUGUGCCCUGUGGACAAGGCCCAUCGUAACCAGUGCCAAGCCUGCCGGUUAAAGAAGUGCCUACAGGCUGGUAUGAACAAGGAUGCGGUGCAGAACGAGCGGCAGCCCCGCAGUACGGCCCAGGUGCGCCUGGACUCCAUGGACAUCGACGCGGAGAAGGAGCACCUGGCCACCACGCGGGAGCCCACCUCCUCCUCAUCCUCAUCCUCCACCUGCUCUGUCAUCACCCGGCCCCACAUCACCUCCUCCAUCAGCUCCACCGCCCCCCUGCAGCGCUGCGCUAGCCCACAGAACAACCACCGCUUCAUGGCCAGCCUGAUGACGGCAGAGACCUGCGCCAAGCUGGAGCCUGAGGACGUGGAUGAGAACAUUGACGUGACGAGCAAUGAACCGGAGAGGACGACAGCGGAUUACCAAGUGUCCCUGUACCCCUCCAGCAGCCUGGAGAAUGUGUACGAGACCUCCGCUCGCCUGCUCUUCAUGUCUGUCAAGUGGGCCAAGAAUCUGCCUGUCUUCUCCAACCUCCCCUUCAGGGACCAGGUGAUCCUGCUGGAGGAGGCCUGGAGCGAGCUCUUUCUUCUCUGCGCCAUCCAGUGGUCUCUGCCCCUGGACAGCUGCCCCCUGCUUUCCCUGCCCGACCUCUCCCCGACUCUGCAGGGAAAGACCAGCUUCACCAGCAUCGACCUGCGGGUCCUGCAGGAGAUCUUCAGCCGCUUCAAGGCCCUCGCGGUGGACCCUACUGAGUUUGCCUGCCUCAAGGCUAUUGUCCUCUUCAAACCAGAGACCCGAGGGCUGAAGGACCCAGAGCAGGUGGAGAACUUGCAGGACCAGUCUCAGGUGAUGCUGGGUCAGCACAUCCGCACCCAUUAUUCCAGCCAGCCUGCCAGGUAUGGGAAGCUCCUCCUUCUGCUGCCCUCCCUGCGCUUCGUGGGAUCGGAGCGGAUCGAGCUCCUCUUCUUCCAUAGGACCAUUGGAAACACCCCCAUGGAGAAGCUGCUGUGCGACAUGUUCAAGAACUAGCCCAGCCUAGACUGGACUGCACAGGCCACUGCACACUCUUGCAGCCUGAAUGACAUAGAGAGACAGUGAGAGAGUGAGAGAGACGGUGAGAGAGUGAGAGAGACAGAGAGAGAGCAAUAUUUGGUGCUCAAGCUGUGUUGUGACAAAGCAGCCUGAGGGAAAGGAGACCUCUGUGGGCUGUGCAUAUGAGGGGAAAAAAUAAACACCAUCAACAUGCACAAGUCGUGUGAAGUUCUGAAGCAGAAUGAGCCAAAACCUAGUGCUUGCACAGUACUAGGCCUUGACUCCUUUGUAAAACAGACAAAUUAAAUGCUUUACUGCUCUUAAACUAGAUCUGUGCCUGGACCCAGGUCUCAUUCCACAAAAAAAGCUGUUUUUUUUUUUGGUGUUCAUUGAUUUGCUACUUCUGUUUUAUUCUCCACAUUCCAGAUUUAGUUGUGCUUUAUUGUUUUGUUCUAUUCAGUAUUAUUUUUAUAUCAUAUUCAUCUUUUUUUUUUUUGCAAUGUCAUGAUGAAUUUCAGGGGGUGAAAUGGUGUAUGCUAUUUGAAAAACACAUACGUACACAAACAUGCACACAAAAUCAUGCACAUGCACCAGCCUGCUUGACCACAAAAUGGAAGCCAGGCAAAGAGCAAUUUUAUCUCAUUAUGGUUGUAACGGUAAUGUGCAACCACUGUGUAAAAACAAGACAGAUAUGUUUAAAUACACAAAUGUGCAACAUACAAAUGAUGAAAUAAUCAAUUCAUCCAUUAAAUUAUUUGAAGCCUGUGAUAAGGAAACAUGCAUAUUCUCAUUUUGAAGUCCACAAAAGUGAUGAAAAGUGAAAAAAGUGAUUGCAUCAAAUUCAGGUUGAUUUACUUUGUAAACCAACAAAAGUGUUUCUAAUUCAUUUUCUGUAAAUAUCAAUAAAUAUUAUUCUCAUUAA